AUGAGGACACAUGCAGGCCUGUUUGAGGACAAACAUGAGCUGCCCCACACCAGUCUGAGCCAGUUCCAUGGUAGCCCCAUGCCCAGCCCCAGAGGAGCCCUGCAGGCAAUAUGGCAGUGCUACAGCAGGAACAGCUUGAGGGUCUCAACAUCACAGUGGGUUUUGCUCAUCACUGGUUUCACUCUCUUCCUGCUCCGGGCGACAAGAAAGCUCUGUACCAGGGCUGUGUCAGGGAAGCCCCUUGGUAGCUCCCCUGUUUUUCCUGUAGUUGCCCUAGCCACCAGCAUGGAAGGACCCUGGGUAGGCACCUGGAGACCUCAUCCGCGACGGGGUCCAAUCCUUGCAGAGUUCAGCACCCCGGGUCCCAAGUACUGGCUCCCUGGGACAACAGGUCACACGGCUCAUGAUCCCACCAGAGAAAGAGCCCCAGCAUACUCAUUUCGAGGGACCAAAUAUCCCGCCGCAGCUGGCUGCUCCCCAGGUCCUCGGUACUUCAUCCAUUCGUCCAUCACCAAGACUGGGAAGCAUGUGGCUCCAUCGGCACAUGUGACAGCACGUCCCAAGACCAAGAUUCUGGUCACCCCUGGACCCAGUGACUACACCACGGAUCCUGCCAACAAACAUGUCUACAGUUCCGCACCGGCAAGCAGCAUGAAGUUCCGAUCCAAGGACUUAAAAGGUUUCCGAACGCCAGGUCCUGGCACUUACACCCUGCCCAGGGUACUGGGACCCCAAACAGUGUACACCCAUGCUGAACCCUGCUACUCCAUGAAGUGGAAGAGUCUGUAUCAGAGCUGUUUUCAAGACCUGGCAAAGACGCCAGGACCUGCAGCAUUUGCCAACGUGGAAAUGGAUGUCUACAAAAGAGCUGCUCCCAAAUACUCAAUGGGACUAAGGACCAAACUUGCUGGCACGGGUAUGCUCCCAGGUCCAGCAGACUACUUCCCAGGAAAGUUGUCACUGACCAAGGCCCGGGACCCUGCUUUCACUUUUGGACUCCGACAUUCUCUCUACAAAGCUUCUUUAAUACCUGAAACACAUCUUGAUUAA